CGGACGCGCGCCUCAUUUCUGAGUCUGAAACCGACCAGGAAACAAGUGUUUUUCAGCAUACCUACAUGUUUCUCUAACACUGACCAGCUUCUUUCGGUGCGAUGGAACGUUUUUAUGAAAUGAACAUUUAUCGCAGAUCGACGCCUCGGCGACAAAUGUCUGAGAUAAGAUCCAGCAGGUUGGGGGUACUGGGGAGCACAAUGGACACGCUGCUUAGAAGAAAAAAACAACAGACGGAUGCUGCAGAAUCGAGUAGCAGUUUUAUGAAGCACACUGAAGCACCAGAGGAAGAUUUGGCACAUGGGAAGAACAUAGUGGCCACCAGGGCGAAAGAAAACAUCCGCAUGCCAACCUUCAACCUAAUAAGGGAGCUUGAGCCACUAAGGCCUGGACCUGAAGCAAAGAGCCCUGGAAAAUCAAGACAGAUUGCUAGAUUACAUAAGAUGUAUCCAAAGUUUUUUUGCCCGGGUGAAACCAUGACAACGAUGAAGGAUAUUGAAGAAACAUUGCCUCACAUUGUGGAAGCUGUGAGAAUAAUCUAUCAGGUGAACUGCUCAGAUAUACUGGAGCGCAUGUCACCUUCUAAGGUGGAUGACGAGACCCGAAUGUUUAAGAGCGCUGAGAAAGACACAAGCAGUACAGAGGUGACGAGCGAGUCUCCUGAAGCAACAAUUGACAACGAAGCUCAGCUAAAAGUGAAUAUAAUCGAUGCUGUCCUGGAGAGCAUAACCUCAACCUCAUUCAAGGAUCAGCUCACUCAGCGAAUCAUCAGGGAGAUUGAUGUUGGACUCGCAAAAGUCAUAUCCCAGGUUCGAGAGCAACAGCUUGCCUUGAGAUUCGACUCAGCAAGAGAUCAGUUUCAAAACAUCUCUCAGGAACAACCAUUGAGUGAUGAUGGUUUUAUGCCUGGGUUCAGUGAUGGUGUGGCAUCUAUGAUACGUUUUUCACUGAUAGAAGUUAGAGAAGAGUUGAAGAACAAAUUUAGAAGCCAGUCGAACAGUGAAGCAGCCUCACCUGCAGUAUUCGACGCCACAUCAGACAUCGUGGACAGUGUCUUUAAAGAUAUAUUUAAUUCCUUAAUGCCUAUGGGUGACGACACUUUCGAGCUCCCCUCACCACCUUCUUGCAAUGAGCCAGACUACCAAAGUGAAUCUGACACAGAGAGAAAAAAUUCAAAUGUCAGCCAAUUGACAGAUGAUUUUUCAACAAUACUUGAAAACAUGGUAGAUUUGGAGGAAGGGUUUGACCAGACCUUAGAAGAAUAAGUCCACCGUUUUAAUUAAAAGCAGCAGUUAGUCAACUUCAAGACCCAUCAACCAGGGCAGCGUCACCCCCAAAGUAAAGAAGUACAGAAAAAUCUACUUAAUCUGGCCAAAGUGAACUAAUGCAGGAAGGUGAAUACAUGUGAACAUGUGAAGGUGUAUACUGCAAGAAAUAAACCUCCUGAGCGAGAGAUACCUGUCAUCUUUGAGACCUCGCUGCACCGGUUAAUUUCUGAACCCCCUAUCAAGGUUCUGGAGAAACCCCUCAUUUCAUUUAAACCAAUAAAAUGUCUGAAAACACAGCAGGACAGCAGCAAUUACUUGGUGAAAAAGUAAUUCAGUGUAUUGUCAUCAAUUCAUAUUAAGGCUGGGAAUCUGC